UCAUGACCGUCUCACGUGUGAUGCUUUCAUUUUUUAAGAGGUUAUUUUUUCAUAAACAACAAUGAAUUUUUCUGUACUGUUUAAAUGUUAAAACAAUGAAUAAAAUAUUGUCAGCACCCAUAAAGCAAGUAAGUGCAAAAAUAGCAUCAGGUGAAUUACUACCUUCAGAAAUUUGUCAAUCAACUCUUACAUUAAUUUCACUAAUAAAACCUUUGAAUGCUUACAUUCAUGUGGUUGAUGAAAUAGCAAAAGAGCAAGCCAAAGAAUCUGAUCAAAGACAACGUGAUAGAAAGCUACUAAGCGAUCUUGAUGGUAUUCCCAUUGCUAUUAAAGAUAAUUUUUGUACUGAAGACAUCCCAACAACAUGUGGGUCAUUGAUGUUGGCUAAUUUUGUUCCUGGAUACAAUGCUACUGUGUAUGAAAGACUAAGAACAAAUGGAGCUGUUUUAAUGGGCAAAACUAAUUUAGAUCAAUUUGCUAUGGGUGCUGGUACAGUAGAUUCUUACUUUGGACCAACGAAAAAUAUUUGGAGAUCAGAUAUUAUGUGCAAUUAUACAAGUGCUAAUUCGUUUUGUUCAGAAAAACUUCAAAAGUGUCGUCAUCUUCAUGAUGAUUGGUUUAUUGCUGGCGGAAGCAGUGGAGGAUCAGCAGUAGCAGUAGCUUCAGGAACCUGUUACGCCGCUUUAGGAUCAGAUACUGGAGGAUCAACAAGAAACCCCGCUGCUUACUGCGGUCUCGUUGGUUUUAAACCAAGUUACGGCCUUUUAUCUCGUCAUGGGUUAAUUCCUCUAGUAAAUUCAAUGGAUGUUCCCGGCAUUUUAACUAGAAACAUUGACGAUUGCAUUCUGGUUUUCAAUGCCAUUGCCGGACCUGAUUUAUUGGACUCUACGACUUUAGAUAAGGAGUUUAAUCCAGUGAAAUUAGAAGAUUCUUCAAGUUUAAAUAUUACAGGGCUUAAAAUUGGUAUUCCUAAAGAGUAUCAUCUACCAGAGUUAGAUCAGGAUAUUGCAGAAUGUUUGAAAAAAGUUUCAAAUUUAUUAGAGCAAGCUGGAGCUUCUGUUAUUCCAGUAUCUCUACCACAUACUAAAUAUUCAAUAGUUUGUUAUUCUGUGUUAAACCAAUGUGAAGUAGCAAGCAACAUGGCAAGGUAUGAUGGAAUAGAAUAUGGUUUUAGGGCAGAUGAAUCAUCUUCUACCGAGGAGUUAUAUGCUAAAACGCGAAGUCUUGGAUUUAAUGAUGUUGUUAGAAGCAGAAUAUUAACAGGAAACUAUUUUCUUUUAGAAGAUAAUUACGAAGACUAUUUUGUAAAAGCCAUGAAAAUUCGGCGAUUAAUUGCUGAAGAUUUUGACAAUGUUUGGAAUUCGAAUAUUGAUAUACUUUUAACACCUACAACACUAUCAGACGCUCCACUUUAUAAAGACUUUAUUUCAAUUGAUAAUCAAACUCAAUGCUCGGUUCAAGACUAUUGUACUCAACCAGCAAACAUGGCCGGUAUUCCUGCGAUCAAUGUGCCUAUUACUCUUUCUUCUAAAGGUCUACCACUCUCUUUGCAAUUAAUGGCACCAUUUUUGCACGAAGAGCAAUUAUUUAGAGUAGCUAAAUGGAUUGAAACGGCUGUUGAAUUCCCCCGGAUAGAAUUAAAAGAUGAAAGAUUACUUCAGUGAUGUUUGUGAUUAUCAAUGAUGUCUAUUGUUAUUUAUUAUAGUACUUUUUUAAUUAAAUUUAUUCACAAUUAA